AUGAGUACUGUUGAUGUUGAUAUGACAUUGUAUUUUCAUAAAAAACAUACACCACCACCUAGUGUUCUUCUAUUAACAGUACCAAAUGAUAAAUAUCGAGAUUAUGAUACUAGUCCUACAACUGAACAUCGUCCUUAUCAACCUAAAAAACGUCAACCACCACAUAUUAUUGGUUUACAUGUUAAUAAUCUUGAUUUACAUGAUACAUCAGGUUCAUCAUUUGGUUGGCAACGAUAUUCUGAUAAAAACAAUCAAUUAAGUCUUGCACCAGAUGUUGCAUAUAGAAAUACAUAUUUAGAUGAAAUAAAACAAGAUAAAAUACCUAAAAAUAAUGAAUAUCAUCAUUCUUGUUCAUUAUUAUCUUCUAAUCAAAAAUCAUCUCAAUCAAAAUUUAAAGAUUCAUCUUCAUGUUAUUCAUCAGAAUCAUCAAAACAAAUAAAUUCUUCUCGUCAAUAUUCAACAAUAUAUGAUUAUAUUCGUGCUUCUAUUAGAGAUAUUGAACGACGUCGAAAUAUAAAACAACAAAAUAUAUCUUCACGUGUAAAACGUCCACAAAAUGAUGAUUCAACUUUACGACGUGUAUUAGGAGAAAAAAAAUCUCCUAUAAGAACAUCAAUAUCAAGAAAUAGUUCAACAACAGCAACAACAACAACAACAACAACACAAACAAUAUCAUCAUUAUUUAAUAAUGAUUUAAAAAGUCCCCAAAGUUUUGUUAACUAUAUUAACUAUUCUCGUACACUUCAUUCAGCAACAUCAAAUCAAUCAUAUCAACAACAACAACAACAACAUCGAUCUAUUCUAUCUCAAAACUAA